GCCUGAAACCAAAGACGUAACAAUCAUUCCUCUGACACUUGGAUGCAGAAGUUGUCGAGAUAUCAGAUUUUGAGAAACCCAGACAGCACACUCCUCACUCAUUCCUCCAAAGUGAAACUAGAUUGUGUCGGAAUAAGCUCCCAUUUUGCGCCAUGGAGAAGUCUUUCUGCUGCGGCGACUGUAUCGCGUCCUCACAUGUACUAGCUGCUAAGUCCAGUGAAAAAAGAGUUGACUGUACUGAAACACGGUAGCAGUGCACCGGCUGACCUGAUAUGGCUGACACGAGGCCUCUGAGGACGAGUUUACGUGACGGGAAGGGGGGAGUAUAGCAAAAAAAAGCUGAAUUACAGUAAAGGCAGGAAGAAGAAGAAUGGAAACACUAUCCGUCCAUCUCUUUUGCUUCAGAAUCCUAUGUUCUCUUUUAUUUAUAGCUCUUUUGGACACCAGAGGUGGACUGAAUGGUGAUAUUUGUCGCCUCCUGGGAACAGCAUCCUGAUGCUGUCAGGGUGUGUGAAGCAGAACUCCAGCAUCAGUGAUUUUGUUGCCAGGGGGAGGACUGUACCAGCAGUAAACGUAUUCAUAAAAGUGACUGUUUGGAAGUUACAUGAUAAAAGAGAGGAUGAAUGUUACAGUGCAAAUGAAAGCAGCAGCAGAAGUACUGGAGCAUAUUAACAGUGAUAGUAUAGAAGUUGUAAGAACGAUGUAGUGGUAGCAUUUGUGUAUCUAUUUCAAUGAGUAAAAAUCAGUGUUGGGCAGUAAUUAAGUACAUUACCUCAAGUACUGUACAUAAGUAGAAGUAUGAGGUACUUAUACUUCUACUUUUCUACUACUUUGUACUUGUACUCCACUAAAACUAGGAGACAAAUAUGGUCAUUUAUGCGCCACUACAUUCGUUUGAUAACGUUGGUUAUAACUUGAAGAUUAAGAUGGUUUAAACUAAAUAUAAUCAACAAAUAAUUGAUCAGGUAUUAUUUUAUGUUAUAGGUUAUUAAAGUGGUGACAUACUGUAUAUUGUUCAUUAACCGUCCUGUUGUACUCGGGUCAAAUUUGACCUGGGAUAAAGGUAUGUCAGGAUAAUAGGUGAUAAAUGUAUGUUUGCUCCACGAGAAAAUAAUUAUGGUCACUUUCAUUAGGUUUUGGGUUUUAUUCAAAUGUAUAGCAGAUGUGGUCAAACCGGGAGGACAACAGCCGCACAGUUGAUACUGUAGGAAGACAACACUAAAUGGUACGAACAACUAUGACUUUCUUUACUUAAUUAUCUUUUAAAUGAACAACAACAACAACAACAUGUGUAAUUUAUUGCGUAAUUCCAACAGGAUAUAACGAAACUGAAUAGACCCAUUACCACCCAGCUGUAUAUAGUUAACAUAACUCCCAGCUGAUUUCCCAACUGCAACAUUAAAGUGAUGGACACAUUGAUGCAUCAGUAAUAUAUAUUCAAAAAAAAAGCUGUUGUGCAAUAUGAGUAUGUAAGUGUCUGACCUGGUGUCAACUCUGUAAGCAGACACUCUGCAAGGGAUGAGCUCCUCCUGCAGGCUUGGAUGUAUGGGACAGCUGAUUUUUGCAUGUGAAGUACAUUUUAAAAAGGCAAUACUUUUGUACUUUCACUUGCUAAACUGUAAUAUUCCUACUUGUAUUUAAGUAAAGGUUGUGAGUACUCUGUCCACUACUGGUACAACUUGAAAUAGCUGCAUCAAUGAAAGCAGCAGUAAUAGACGAAUGUGUACAAAGAGGUAUUGUUUUAUACUUUAUGGCAAUGUAUGUGUAUAAACCACGUUUUUAAAGUGUAAUUUCAUGUUUGUUUUUGAGAACCUGAGAAUAAAUGAAGAGCUGCUGCAGUUCUCUCCUCUGCCUCAGUGCUGCCUGCAGUUCUGCGUUCAGCCUCUAGAGGGAGCUAAUGUUCACUGUUGCAUCUGUGUCCACCGUGCAGCAAGACUAAAUGAGCGGGGCUCGCACAAUGCAAGAGUUAAAAUACUUCAGGGAUGGAGCUACGCUGGUGAUUUCAUUGGACGGUUUUAAUUGGCUUCCUAAAAAGAGAUGCAGUGACAAAGAAAUCAAGAAAAGGAAUGAAGAGCUCCAGCUGUUCAUAUCCUCCGAUCAGAUGGUCCAGGCUGAUGAAAAGCUGCAGACCAUCACCUGCAUCCUCGAUCAGAGAGGAACUGCAUCCUCUGAGUUAUGGCGGAAGACUGACUGCAGAUCCAGUCUGGUAACGUCGCCAAGACCAAUCUCUACCCCUCCUCAACAUCAAACUUCAACACUCACUUCCUUCGUUUCUUUUGUCCCAGAUUACCCAAAGGACACCCCAUGGACGAGACUAAUUCUUAGCAUGCAGGACAUUUUCAGCUUGAUCAAAAGGGAUUCAAACAUGGUGACCCCACAUGACUGUGUCACAAUGAAUCAGCUUAAUAGGUUUAUCAUUUUCUGUGAUGAGGACAUACCACUUCAACGUUUUGGGGACAUAACCGCGGAGGAUUGUCGGAUAUCUAAAGGGGAUACUGACUGGCAUUUUAGUGAUACCAACAUGUUAAGUGAUUUGAAAAACUUCACUGCCCAUGCUUCCAACACCAAGAACUCUAACAGGAAUACACAUGAACUGGUUAUCAGAGACAGUUUUAACAACCUUAAAAGUCUUCUGAAGUCGUAUCAAAUAUGCGAUUCACCAGGAGAAUUGUCUCGGACGAACAUGGAUGUAAAACGGAGGAAGAGCGUGUCCUUUCAUGAAGAAGUCAUUGUCUUCCUGUUUGAUCAGGAGAGUCCCACCAUGGAGCUGCACCCUGAGGCCUGCACAUCUCUGCCUGAUGUCACAUUAGAAGACAGUGGCCUGGAGUGGGAAGACGACUUCUUAGCGUUGGAGAAGAACUGCCAUUUUCAGUGUGUCACACACUCUCAGCCACACACCCUUUCCCUGCCGACACCGACCACCGCUGCUUUAUCCCGGCAUCUCUUUCUCUCCCAAACCUGCCUUUUCCUCACCCAUGUCACAGAGGCAGACCUUGAGCCAUGAGAUAAAAAAGACAGCCAGCCUUGGCCUAAUGGAAAAACUGACUAAUCGGGCAGAUCUGGUCCUCUUCACCUUCUCCCUCCUCUUUUAUGAUGAGUCAGGGCCUUUAAUGGCUUUUCUCCCUCUCUCUGCUUGAAAGCACCUGCCGUUCGUGACAUCAGAGCCACGCAGGACUGUGUGACGGUGCAUUCAGCUUUCACAGUUGUUGGUGUGACAAGAUACCUGGAAAUUAUGUGAGAAAAAAAAGCCAGUUGCAUAAAAGUCUUAGUACCUUUCCAUCUGUGGACCUCUUUGGAAGCUGCUUUUCAUGCCAGGUUAUGUCCUUGGACCUUAUCUGUGAAUAGAAACACACAUUUAAA